CUCAAACGUCAGUUGACACCGUUUCAUAAAAAAUCUUGUCCUUUCAUAAUUUCUUGGUAUUUCCCGAACAAAAAUGUGUCCAUCGGGAACCGCAUCGGACCGCCGUGAAACAACCGGAAAAGCCAAUUUGCGAUCAGCAUUCGAUGUUCUUGACGCCGAUAGCGACGGAAAGAUUAGCCACGACGAUCUCCGGGCUUUUUACGGAGGGUUUUCUGGCCCCGGGGAUUCCAAUGAGGAUGAUAUAAAGUCUAUGAUAUCCAUGGCGGAUUUUAACAAGGAUGGAUAUGUGGAAUAUGAAGAAUUUGAGAAGGUGUUGAAUGGGAAAAACGGUAGAAAUGGGAGAUGGGUUGUAAUGGAAGAUGCUUUUCGGGUUAUGGACAAAGAUGGAGAUGGGAAAGUGGGCCGUGAGGAUUUGAAAAGUUACCUUAAAUGGGCCGGGUUUGAGGCCCAUGAUGAAGAUGUUGAAGCCAUGAUCAGGUUGGCCGGUGGAGAUGAAAAUGAUGGGGUUACAUUUCAGGGUCUGCUCAAGGUUUUGGCUUUUUGAUUUUUCUCAACUGGGGCACAAUCAAGGCAGAACUUUUACUUGUUCAAAUAAGCAAUAAGGCGAAACAGGAUCGUCUGCAAGUGCAAGACAACCCUAGGCAAACAUUUUUGUCUAUUUAUUGUUUUUUAUUUAUAAUUGUUGAACAAUUUUCUUAAUUGUUGAGAUGAUUCUGUUCUGACCA